CGCCACAGGAGACACGCAGUCGCGGAGAAGUACACGGCGGUCCGAGAACACAGACACUCUUACAUUGGACACCAAACAUGGGCAAUUGCAUCAUUACCCCGCCGUCCCAGGUAGCCGUUAUUUCCGGCCCUGGUAAAUCUCGAAUGGUCAUCGGGGAAUGCGCGUUCCAGAAAUGGUUUAUCGAGAGCGUGGAAAUCCUAAGCCUGGAGCUGAUUACCCUCUCCGUAAAGAGCGUGGAGGCCGAGACCGUGCGAGGCGUUCGUGUAACCGUCAGCGGAACGUGCCAGGUCAAGGUGGACGCCUUCACGCACGAUGACCUGUCGCAGAACCUUCCGCAAAUCACCUUGGCGUGCCAGCACUUCCUCGGAAAGACGUCCGACCAAGUCCACCAAGCGCUUCUCAGGACCCUGGAAGGCCACCAGAGGCAGAUCCUCGGUACCCUCACCGUGGAGGAGCUGUACAAGGAUCGUGCAGCGUUCUCCCAGCGCGUGCGAGAGCACAUCAAGGAGGACCUGAACAACAUGGGUUUCGCACUCGUGUCCUACACAGUGAACCAGGUCCUCGACUCCACAGGAUACAUGGAGGCCCUCGGUGCCACUCAGACUGCACUCGUAAAGCGCGAAGCCGCGGAAGGUGAGAGCAAGAACAUGUCCGAGGCCAAGAAGCGCGUGGCCGAGAACGAGAGCUCCGCCAACAUGGCCGAGGCUACCUACCGCGCGGAAGCACACGUCGGGGUGGCCAUGGAAGACGAGAAGCGGGCCGCGGCUGACCGAGACCUGGCCAUCAAGAAGGCGGCCUACAAGGCCGAGGUCAACCACGCCGAGGCCACCGCGGCGGUAGCGUUCGACAUCGAGAAGGCCCGGCAAGGGCAGACGGUGGUGCGAGAGCAGACGAAGCAGAGGGCCGAGGAGGCCCUGGUGAUGCUGGACGUGCAGGGUACGGAGGCCCUGACGAUGCAGAAGCAGAAGGAGGGUGUCUCGAAGGCGAUGCUCAUCGAGGAGAAGAACAAGGCCGAGGCCAUCCGCGCCAAAGCCGACGCGAAAGCGCACGAGAUCAACCAAGUCGGCGUGGCAGAAGCGGCGGCCAUUCUGGCGAAGGGAGAGGCCGAGGCUAAGGUUCUCGAGCUCCGUGGUGAUGCAUUCCAGCACUUUGGAAACGCAGCGGUGGUCCAGAGCAUCGUCGACAAGCUGCCCGAUAUCGCCAGGGAGAUCGCCGCUCCUCUCGCGAAGACCGACAAGAUGGUCUUCAUCGCUGGCGAGGGCGGCGGUGCCGGCAGCCGCCUUACGCAAGACGUUGGCAACAUCCUGGCGCAACUCCCCGAAACCGUUGAGGCACUGACGGGAGUCGACAUUACGAAGGGUUUGGAGCGCUACCUUGGGGGCGGCGGGCAGGAGAGGUCUGCAGGAAGCAACGGACCCGCGGCCGGCAAGGGAUCCCCCCUCCCCCGUUCCACCGGAAAAGCGAAUUAAUGCGAACCGUGGCACAGCUCUACUCUACUCUUUUCCUGACGACGAAACAAUUGUGGUGACGGCAUCUUGGUAAAUAUUUGACCCGGAGGAGAGUACAUCUCCUGCGUGCGCAUGCGCGCACAUGUUGUUUAGACUCUUUCGUGAUGUUUUCCAGACGACAGUGUUGGGCGUUAGAGAUGUAUUGAAUGCCAUUUUCAGGAUAGAAAAGGAAGCGACAGCCUCUGUGGCCAUCUGCGGGGCGUCGGACGUUGACCGCGACUGCAAUCCUGCCUGAAGUUCGAGACUGUUGGCGUAUCGUUUUUUUUUAUUGCAAAGAGGUCGCCUUCCUGUCACGCCCCCCUGCUCGCAAUAGUCCAAGCAGCAAAGAGCGCACGUAGCUUAGCCAAUCGGGCCUCUCUUUGUGGCGUGUGCCAUAAUCGCGGAAGGGUUUGUAUUUCUGGCUCGGCAUGGAGGGUUUGUGAUGUCGUUGUGGAAGGAUACAGCGGCCCAUCUUUAUGUAUGUUUAUCGUGAAGCAACAGUACAAAAUAGUUCGAUUGCAACCCGCAGUUGGAUGCUCACCUCACACUUAAGCAAGAUUGAUUGUUGUUGUUUGGCCGUGUAACUGUCUGAUUUUCGUACAAGAUGUUGUGUUCUCCUCAGCCGAAUCGGGCGAAUACAAGAACUCUCCAACUGUUGGUAUUAUUGAUACACAAGUACCUUUUUCGAAUCGCGAUUAACACCGGGAUAAUUAAGUCUUGUAUUGUAGGAGUGUAUGAAGUACAAACUCGGGCAACAAUUCGUAGGAAGCCAAUCACUACGGGGGGAGCUCCCUUGCUGUAGAGACGUAAGAUUAUGUUGAACGGCGUGCCUUGGUUCAACGCCCUUUUCUCGAGUCACGCGUGUGUCAAGCGAGUGCCGCACUCGUGUUGCUGGUAGCUGGUUGUCUUAAUUUGUUUUUCGUCGUUGACUAUCCUCUGUGUGCGCGAUCUUACUCCGUUUUGAGUGCGCACGCGCCGCGGGGAGGCCGAUGGAUGCGGCCAGUUCGAUUAAUAUGUAGUAGCUUGCAACAGGGUUUUCAUGUUCGUUCUGCUGGGUAGAUGGGUAAGCAGUAUUUUGCCCGUGAAAACGCAACAAUCCAGUACCUCUUCAACUCGAGUUUGCAUGUAUAUACGUAGCACUGUUUGCGCCGAGACGAGUUUGGGUGGAGGCAUGCGAAGGAAGCUGAGAUUGUCAUCAUGUUCUUCUUGCGGAGUCGAAGAAGGACCGCUGGAUACAAGGUUCGAUAUGUCGCAAGAUGAAAAUGUUCAAGU